UAUAAACAGGUAGUGAAGACAUAACCUGGACUUCCAGCGGCGUGGUUGUGUGUUUGUUUUGUGGCUUUACGUUCGUUGCAAAGAAAACCCCGAGGUUUACGUAUCGUGAUAGAGGAAAUAAAGCAAUAAGAUGACGGCCGAGGCCCAAGGAGACGCCAAGAGUGUGGAGGAAGUGAAGACCUUCGAAGGCCUCCUGCGCUUGGUGGGAACGCGAGGUCGCUGGAACAUCAUUCUCUUCGUCCUGUGUGCUUAUUCUACGUUCGUGUCGCCGAUGCAGAGCUUGUCCUACCAGUUCCUCGGUGCCACACCCGAUCACUGGUGCCACGUAGAGCCUCUCGUGAGUGCCGGAUGGUCUGAUGAGCAGAUUCUGAGCAUCGCCAUACCUGUCAACAAUGAGACUGGGAAGCCUGAACACUGCUUGAUGUACAACGGCAACUUCAGCAGCGCACUUGAACGAGGCUACGAAUGGGCUCAAAACAACCCUCAAAAUUUCGACCAGGGUGGAGUGGUAUCUUGUUCCUCCAGAGACUUUAACGCCACUCAGUAUCGAGCAACUGUUACAACAGAGUGGGACUUGGUAUGCGAUCGCCGGGUGCUCUACUCCACAACGCAGGCGGCGGCGCAGGCGGGGAAACUUGUUGGAUACGUGUUUCUCGGGUACCUCCUUGACACUUUCGGUCGCCGUCCUGUCACUCUCGCCUGUUCAGCUCUGUCCAUCAUCUCGGGAUUCUUAGCUGCUGCGUCCCCGAAUGUCGAGUUCUACAUCUUCCUCAAAAUCAUUAUUACCUGCAUGAUGUCUGGCGUGUACCUGGGUUGUUUCAUUACAGGUGAGUGAGUGAAU